AAGAAGCACACAAAAUGAGUAGGAAAAAUGGCGGCGAAAUUGAAGCGACAAGCUACAAAAUCAUUAUACCAAGCUCUUAGCUGACAACGACGGCGCACAAAUUCAAAAAUACUUUGAGUGGCGAAUGGAGAAAUAUAGAGUUGAAACAAAAUCAUUGCCUGAAAAUUUUGUGAAAACGCGCACAUUGAAUAGAAUUAAUUAGUCGGUCGCAUAUACGUGCACCGUUAAAAUAAUAACACUUGGGGAAUAUAUGUAUGCAAAUAUUUUUUGGUGAUUCAAUUUAGACUGAAUAAAAGAGAAUUAAGAAUAAAAAGCAAGCUGAUACAUAGGAUGUAAACAUUUUUUAUUUGUUGUAAAAAUAUUGGACAAUAAGUUUUGAAAAAUUAUCCAAAUUGAUUUAAAAGUGCAUUUGGACCAAGUAAAAAAGAGUAACGAGCAAGGAAAGCGGUAAAGUAAAGGAUAUAUUGCGCAAUGGCUACUUUUCAAAUUCAUCAAGACGCCGAGAAGGAAAAUCCCCAUAUAGCUGUUCCACUAAAAGAGAAAAAUGUAGUUACCUGUAGCAACAGAGUGAAUGUUCUACAACCAUCUGGGUUUGGUGGCGCCGCCGUCCCAAUCAAAGGAAAGCUUAGUGAUGGUGUUAGUCGCACUAAUUUUGCUGUGCUGAAUGCAAAUAACAAUGUGGCACAUGGACGUAAUAUAACUGGUGUUACAGCAGGUAGCAAAGUGGCUUUUCGUGAAGUGGGGAAUGCUAAAACGCAUAAUGACAAUAAUUCAGUAUUUGCAGCUGCAGCUAUUAAGCAAACUGUAGUAGAGCAGUUCAAAUCAUUUUCAGUUUAUGAGGAUCAACCAGAUGAGAGUUUGCAGACAUAUCAUCGUUUCGGUGCUAACAGUGCAUCAAUUCCUCUUGCUAAUGGAAAGGAAAAUAUAUAUUUUGAUCAACAAAAUAAUCCAAAUAAAAAUGACUAUAAGCAUGAUGGUCCGCAGAAAGAAAAUAAAGUAUAUGACGACUGCCUUUUGGAUACCACGCCAAUGUCAGUAUCAGAGGUUCUUUCACCAAUGUCCGUAGACCGUUCCCAAGUGGGCAUUGCUCAACAAUCGGAAUCGGAAUUGAUUGAUGUUGACAAUGACGAUAAAAAGAGUACUGAUACAACUACAGAGGAAGAGGAACAACAGCGGCGUCUUAUUAUUCCCCGUAAUGAUCGUCAACGCUUUUUUGAAGUGGUGGAAUAUCAAAGAAAUAUAUUGGAAUAUUUCCAUGAAAGUGAGAAAAAACAUCGACCCAAGCCGUACUACAUGCGCCGCCAGGCCGACAUUAAUCAUUCAAUGCGUACGAUUCUCGUAGAUUGGUUAGUUGAAGUGUCUGAAGAGUACAAUUUGGAUACAGAAACACUAUAUCUUUCCGUUUCUUAUAUUGAUCGAUUUCUCAGCCAAAUGUCUGUGGUACGCAGCAAACUGCAAUUAGUUGGUACCGCAGCCAUGUACAUUGCAUCAAAGUAUGAAGAAAUCUACCCUCCAGAUGUUGGUGAAUUUGUGUUCAUUACCGAUGAUACCUAUAAUAAAGCCCAAGUUUUGCGGAUGGAACAGAUUAUUUUGAAAAUUUUAGCAUUUGACUUAUGCACGCCAACUGCGUAUGUGUUUAUCAACACUUAUGCUGUAUUGUUAAACAUGACAGAUAAGCUAAAAUUUCUAACUCAGUAUAUUUGUGAGUUAUCACUUUUGGAAGCGGAUCCGUAUUUACGAUUUCUACCAUCAUUAAUGUCGGCUGCUGCUCAUGCACUAGCUAGGCACCUAUUGGACUAUACAAUUUGGAAUUCAGAAUUAGAAGAGAUAACAUCGUACAAAUUAGAAGACCUCAAAGAGGUAAUAUUACACCUCUCUAAAUCACACAAAGCGGCCACUAAACUUGCGCAGCAGGCUAUACAGGAAAAAUACAGGGCAGAUAAGUAUAAAAAAGUUUCAAGCAUUAAACCUGUUGAACUGGACGAUGAAGCAUUCGAACUUCUAGUACGUAAAAAUAAUGGUUUGUUUAGCAACGAAGGGACCAACCUUGAAAAGAUAACAACGAAUUCAAACAAUGAACAUGUACAGCGAACAAUUUCUCUGAUGUUCAACUGAUAUGUAUUAUAGGUGACACAUUGGAGAUCGUAUGUUAUGAAUUAGUGUUAAUUGAAAAACGCUUAAUUUUUGUUCGUAUUUUAUUUGUUCCCCGUUUUGAUUUUUGUACAGAGGCUUGACUAUCUUUUUUAUCAAGCAACCGUUUAGCACGGUUACUUAAGAUCAUUAUAUUUUUAAAUACAUACAGAUUUGUUGGAAAUGCAGAAUUUUCUCUAAAUGUAAAUUAUAAAUACUCUGUUAUGAUACUGUGAAAGUUAAAAAACACCCGAUCUGAACACUUCUUCAUUAAAAGUAUUUUAGGUCAACUUUCAAUUUAUUUUAUGGGUUGUCAUUUUGCUAAAAUCAAUCACGGUUGCUUGAAUAUUAUAGUAAUGCCAUUUAAGUGCAUGUGUCUAAAAAUAAACGGUACCCUAAUCUUUUUAUUUUUUUAGUAUUUUUGUAUUUUUAGUUGUUAUUUGUCCUUUUAAAUUAUUUUAUUCCCUACACUUCACAAUAUAUCGAUGUUAAACAAAUUUAAUCCACAGAAAUAUCGAAAUUAUAUAAAUAGAAAAGACGAUUUGUCACAAAAAUAAUAUAUAUAGUAAUGGGAAAUUCAAAUAUUAUUUAAUAAAACCCACAACAUUAAUAAUAAAAUAUUCACACUAGAUAUAAGGUCUAGUAAAAAGAAAUUAUAUUUUUGCCCUAAAUUAAUCAGGUUUAAGCGAAAAAUGCUCCGUUUAAUUGUAUAACUUUUAGUAUUUUGAAAGAAGCCGUCGCCCGAUUGGCAGAAAACUUGGACAGUCUAUUUUCAUAAGCUCCCUUAAAAUACUUUUUCACCAGCAAAAUCAUUCGCCAUGGGCAGAAACAGGUAGUAAUCACUUGGUGCAACCAACAACAAAGCUUCUUGAGCACCAAACACACAGCAAACCCUUCCUGCCGUCUUCACCAGCAACCAUCCGCUUCAGAUUUAGAGUUUGCGCACGUUUGACUGCUACAGUAUAGGGACCAUAAAAGCUAUUAACAUUUUCAGCGACCUUGCGAUUUUUCCUUCGUCGAAAUUAUUUCAUUUAUGUUUAAAUUGGUGCAUUCAGUAUUUCAAUGUAAUAAAAUUAACUUAAAUUUUGUUCCUGUAUUAGUUUAUAUUUUUAAUAUGAAUUAAUAUAGUUCUAGUUAAGCUACUUGCGCUAAUGUAUUUUUAAAUAAUGCUAGUUAUUUGCAUUCCCUGUAUUUAAAUUUUUUAUAAAAUAAUUAAAAUAUACAUUUAAAGAAAUAAAUAAAAACAUAUACCGAAAAUUUACUAGCUUCAGUCAACACUAAUUUUUAGACAUU